AGUUUUAGUAGUAAUCUUGCCGAGUUAAGAUUCGCACUAAUUUGCAUGGCUGGAAAAAAUUCGAGAUUUGUACAUAUAAUUGAGAUUACAAAGAUUUCUGUGUGAUCCAAAUUUUAGUAUUUUACAUCCUUACAAAUUACUUAUCUAUUGUGGAGAGUUUGUCUGUGCGUGGUAUGAUUUGUUGAGGGUGCAUUGUUGAAAUUUGGUUUUGAAAGUUUUCAAACAAAUUUUCAUGAAAAUGUGGAAAUUAAUAGUAAGCUUGGAAAAUUUCAUUGUAAUGCUGGCCUUGCUGGCGGGAUCUUGUAGUGGGCAAGCAGUGGUUUUCGAAGAGGAGACGCCACCUGCACCAAGCCAGCAGAGGAGACCGCAACAAUGGAACAAUGGAAAUUGGGGAGGUGGUGGAUUUGGGCAAGCUUCUUCAUCAGCACCAGCAUCAGCAAGUAGUAGUUCGGGGGGAGGGUUUGGGGGUGGAAAUAGUCCCGGUUUCGGGAAUGGAAAUACUCCCGGGUUUGGGAAUGGAAAUACUCCCGGAAAUGGAAAUACUCCCGGCUUCGGGAAUGGAAAUACUCCCGGCUUCGGAAACAAUAAUGGAAAUGGUCAAGGUUUCGGAAACAAUAAUAAUGGAAAUGGUCAAGGUUUCGGAAACAAUAAUAAUGGAAAUGGUCAAGGUUUCGGAAACAAUGGGAACGGUCAAGGAAAUAACGGUCAGUCCUCCCAAUUUCAAAAUGACCCCGACUUCCGAACCCCAGAUUGCGAAACGUUUAACCAAGAAGGUGGCAUCUGCACGCCGCUCACGAGUUGCGAACGAAUCGGUCGCAUGCUCCGAAAUCGACCCCCCUUCGUCGCCGCGAGACUUUUGCGUAGAUCCAUUUGUGGUUUUAACGGCCUGUUUCCGAACGUUUGCUGUCCUCUGGGGAGAAAUCAGGGGGGAGGGGAUAAUUCACUGGGAAACGGAAAUGAGAACAGCUUCCCCCCACAAACCUUCCCCACCACGACGACGAGGACGACCACCUUCCGUCCCCCGCAAACGUUUCCACCAACACGACCACCCCCACCACAAACUUUCCCCACCACGCAACGAAUCCAACCGACCCCCACCACGACGCGAAACCCGUUCGGAUCCGGGGGAAAUGUUGGGGUUACGCUAGUACCCCCAAAAACCACCACGGUUGGAGGCGGCGGUGGGCUUAUCAUCAUUGGACCAACUGCGUCUCCUCCCACGUCCGGUGGAGGAUCAAGUCCUGGCCUCAGCGAUAGCGGUCUUCCAAACGAUUGUGGAUUUAGCAAUGCCAGCCAUACGAGAAUUGUGGGGGGACAUGCGGCCUCUAAAGGCGCGUGGCCAUGGAUUGCUGCCCUCGGGUAUAAAGAUGACUCUGGGAAUGUCAACUAUUUGUGUGGCGGCGCCCUGAUUUCGAAGGACUUUGUCGUCACGGCGAGUCACUGCGUGUUUAAGAGGAACGACUUGGUAACAAUUCGUCUCGGUGAUCACGACCUCUUCACCGAUUCGGAUGGCGUGACCCCGCUCGACCUUGAGAUAGGGGAAAUUAUCCAACACCCGAAAUACGACUCGGCAACUUUCUACAAUGACGUGGCCUUAAUCAGAUUGAAACGAUCGGUCCCAUUUAGUCGUCAAAUUCAUCCCAUCUGUCUCCCGUCGUCUCCACAGCUGAGGACUAACCGGUUUGAGGACAACACCCCGUUCGUCGCGGGAUGGGGGGCAGUUCAAUUCAACGGCCCCUCGAGCUCAUACCUGAAAGAAGUUCAACUACCAAUCGUCCCAGAUUCCGUGUGCCAAGAAAAGUUUAAAUCUUUCAAAUCCGUGAAUGUCGACGGAACAAAUAUUUGCGCCGGGUUUGCAGCAGGAGGAAAAGAUGCAUGUCAGGGUGAUUCGGGAGGGCCGCUUAUGCAACCCGUCGGAAACAAUAAGUACGUGCUUAUCGGGGUCGUCUCGUUCGGAUUUAAAUGCGCAGAGCCCGGUUAUCCCGGUGUGUAUUCGAGAAUUACGACGCAUCUGGAUUGGAUUGAGAGAACGAUUAAAACCUGAUAAUUAACAAUUAAGAUUAUUUCAAUUGUUCUUAUGUUAAGUUAAUUUAACUGCAAAAUAAACUCGGAUUUACAUAUUUACUUGUUAAAA